UCAAUUGCAAAUCGCAAACAUGGUGGACGCAGCCGAAGGCCGUCUACAACGGAUGGACGUGGAUUAUAGUUCCACUGUAGAUGAAAAAUUGCCUAAGUGUGAAAAACUCGCAAAGCAAGGGAAGCUUACAGAGGCAUUAGACAUUCUGUUGUCAUUGGAAAAACAGACUCGUACAGCCUCAGACACACAUUCCACUGGUCGUAUUUUGGUAUCAGUGGUUAAACUUUGUUUUGAGAGUAAAAACUGGGAUGCCUUGAAUGAAAACAUUGUCUUACUUACCAAAAAACGUGGCCAAAUCAAACAGGCUGUCACAAAAAUGAUCCAAGAAGCUUGUACUUACGUUGAAAAGACUCCAUCACAGGAUGUCAAGUUGAAGCUGAUUGACACUCUCCGGACAGUUACCGCUGGAAAAAUAUAUGUAGAAAUAGAAAGAGCAAGACUAACCAUGACCUUGGCAAAAAUCAAGGAGGAUGCUGGGAAGAUUUCUGAAGCGGCCACCAUCUUACAAGAGCUUCAAGUUGAAACCUUUGGAUCUAUGGAAAAGAAAGAGAAGGUCGAGUUUAUUUUGGAGCAGAUGAGACUGUGCCUGGCAAAGAAGGACUAUAUCAGGACUCAAAUCAUCAGCAAGAAAGUGAGCAUUCGAUACUUUGAAGACAAGGAUACCACGGAACUGAAGUUAAAGUUUUACCAGCUGAUGAUAGAGCUGGAUGAGCAUGAGGGCUCGUAUCUAGCCAUCUGUAAACACUACCGAGCUAUCUACGACACCACGCAGGUCAAAGAAAACAAGGACAAAAUGAAAGAGGCUCUGAAGUGUGUGGUCCUGUACAUGAUUUUAGCCCCGUAUGAUAACGAGCAGGCAGAUCUCAUACACCGAGUGAAGGAAGAUGGCAACCUGGAGGAGAUUCCCAAAUACAGAGAUCUUCUGAAACACUUUACAACCCAUGAGUUAAUAAACUGGAAACAGCUGUGUCAGUCGUUCGAGUCGGAACUGAAAACUGGUUCUUCCGCCAACCCCCCGACCCACGUGUUUAACUCCAAGUCAGAAGGGGGUGUCAAGAGGUGGCAGGAUUUGAAGAACAGAGUUGUUGAACAUAACAUCCGAGUGAUGGCUAAGUAUUAUACAAGAGUUCGAAUGACUAAAAUGGCCGAAUUGCUAGACCAGCCAGAAUCUGAAACUGAGGAUUUUUUGUCAAACCUCGUAGUGAACAAGACAGUAUCAGCGAAGAUCGACCGUCUUGAUGGAAUAGUAAGCUUCACAUCUCACAAAGACCCCAAUGACAUUCUCAACGAAUGGUCGUACAAACUUAACGAUCUGAUGCAGUUGGUGAACAAGACGAACCACCUCAUUAACAAGGAGGAGAUGGUGCACCGCAUUCAUUGAUGUCACUUCGGUUAACCCUGUAAACAGUUAACCCUUUAUCAGCACCGGAUAUCACUCUGUUAACCCUUUCUCAACAUCAGAACAUCAUUCUUGUAACUCAUAAAGCAGUCAUACUCAUUUCAGUAAGAAUGUCCCAGCGAUUGCUGACUCAUAGUUCAAAUUUGUUGCUGAGUCUAGUGACUGUGAAACAUUUAGACUCUUGAGAUUCUGACAUUAGAGAUUUUUUAAAAAUAUUUCCAGGUCUUAUUUCAGAAUUCCAAAUGUUAGAGUUACCCGAAUUUUUUUCCACUAAGCUUCCCCAAAAUGACCAGCAGUUGUUGACUCAAAUUCAGGUUUCAGAGAUGAAAAUGCUGCUUAUUUUUCUGGAAUUUUAGAUUUUUAUGGUAUUCUAGAUAUUUAUAAAAUUUCUGAUUUUCAUGGAAUUACAUAUUUUUAUACAGAAUUCCAGAUUAACUGAAAUUAUGGAUUUUUAUUAAAUUCCAGAUAGUUGGAAUUCCAUAUUUUCACAAAAUUUCAAAUAAGCUGAAAUUAUGGAUUUUUCAGAAGUCCAGAUUUUAGUGUUUCCAUGAAACUGUUACUAAUCCUUGUUCUUUGAUAAAAAAAAUCUUUACAAUAACCCUGUACUUCACAGUUUUCCAGUGUUUUGGGUUUUUUGCCAGUGUCAUUUUUAUCUCUUUGUCAUGCAAAAUGCAUGUUAAAUCUAGUACUUGUAUCAUUCUUGAAGACUUAACCGAGUGUCAAGUCUAGAACUGUAACCAUAUCAUUGCAUGUUUGAGUGUAAACUCUUGUGAGAUGUAUAUUAAUAAAAAAAAAUAUCUUGUAAUGCAAACAAUAUUUUUUAAAUGUUUGAUACUAUAAAUUAUUGAAAAAGAACCAGCUUACAGAUUAAGCACUGACAUCUUCAAACAUUUUUACACACAAACUAGUAUUGCUGUCAUCGGCAACCAAGUCUUUUUACUGGAGAUAAGUUAAAAAAAUAUCUUUAAUAUUCAAAAAUUCUGAUUAAGAGCUUGGGUUUUGGGGAGCUUGAUAGUAAUGCAGUUUUGGGGAUUCAGUUUUCUGUUCAUCUGUAAUUUAUACCAUCUGCUUUUUCAUCUCUUGCCCAUUGGGCUAUUUCUCAUUCCAACCAGUGCAUGAGGAUUGGUACAUUGAAGGCUAUGGUAUGUGCUAUCCUGUCUGUGGGAUGGUGCAUAUAAAAGAUCCCUUGCUACCAAUGGAAAAAUAUGGCAGGUUUCCUCUCUAAGACUGUGAAAAUUACCAAAUUAUUAACGUCCAAUAGCCGAUGAUUAAUAAAUCAAUGUGCUCUAGUGUUAUUGUUAAACAAAAUAAACUUUAACUUUUUUUUAUCUCUUAUGGAAUGAUCUCUGUUUGUCAUCUUAUGGAAGGUUCUUUUCAACAGCUUGUUGAAAAAAUGUUUUGACAAAUGUAUGAAUUUGCAGAAGGGUCAAGUGUUAUUUAUGUUGAUAUUUUUCUUGUUCAAAUUAUAUAAAGAUGUUGUGUCAUGAUUUGUAGUAAUAAAAUGAGCAUGACAUUCUCUGCCUUGUCAA